CACUUCUCCUGGAUUGUUUGUCUCGUCAAAACACAGCAAGUUCCCAGCUGGAGCGAGUAAGCGGCUCCAAGCGGAUCCCCCACCCCACCACCGCCACCCCUCAUAUCCCAGGGUUCUCCACUGCAGCAGCAGAAAGCCUCAUCAUGGAGGGAACUUCCAAAAGUGAUGCCUCUGCUGAGCCAAGCGUCGCAGCUCAGGUUCCUUUCCUUCACCUGUGCACAACGUUAGAGAAGAUCCAGAAGUCCAAACUCCGCCCGGAUAAGUCCAAGAUCCUCGGGGAUUUCAUUGAGUCAUGGCGGAAAUUUCAUGCCGCGCUCCACAAGGACAACCCCAAAACUACAGACUCCUUCUACCCUGCUAUGCGCCUUAUCGUCCCCCCCUUUGAACGAGAACGAAUGGCGUAUGGCAUCAAGGAGAGCAUGCUCGCUAAGCUGUACAUUGAUGUUUUAGGCCUCCCAAAGAACGGCCCAGAAGCCAAUAAACUGCUGAACUACCGUGCUCCGACCACAUCCCAAGGAGAAGCUGGGGACUUUGCCGGCAUGGCGUACUUUGUGCUGAAGAAACGAUGCACCAGCCAAGGGAAGCUCAGUGUCAAAGAGGUCAAUGACUUUCUCGACUCUGUGGCUAUAAACAAUGCCAGCAAGCAGAAGGAUCAGGUGAAAAAGAGCCUGCUGCAUCUCAUCACUCAGAGCUCUGCCCUGGAGCAGAAGUGGCUUAUUCGGAUGAUUCUGAAGGACAUGAAGCUGGGAGUCAGCAAGGAGACCGUUCUCCAGGUCUUCCACCCGGACGCCACGGACCUCUACAACGUCAACACGGACUUGAAGAAGGUGUGCCAGCAGCUUCACGACCCCGCCGUGUCUCUAAGCGAAGUCUCGAUCGAAAUCUUCUCUGCGUUCAAGCCCAUGUUGGCGGCGGUGGCUAACAUCCGCAACGUAGAGAAGCAGAUGGGCAACAGCCCCUUCUACAUCGAGACGAAGCUGGACGGCGAGCGCAUUCAGCUGCACAAGGACGGAGACGUCUACAAGUACUUCAGCCGCAACGGCUUCGAGUACACGCAGCAGUUCGGAGGCUCGCCGCUCGAGGGCUCGCUCACUCCUCACAUCCACAACGUCUUCAAGAGCAACGUCGUCAACUGCAUCCUGGACGGCGAGAUGAUGGCGUACAACCCCACGGCAGACAACUUCAUGCAGAAAGGGAGCAAGUUUGACAUCAAGAGGCUGAUGGACGACUCGGAGCUGCAGACGUGCUUCUGCGUCUUUGACGUCCUCUUAGUCAACAACCAAAAGUUUGGCAAGGAACCCCUGAAGAAGCGGCAUGAAAUUCUCCAGACCGUCUUCAACCCUGUCAAGGGACGGCUCCACGUGGUGCCAAAGACCGAAGUGCGAACCACGCAAGAGGUCGUCGGUGCUCUUAACGAUGCCAUUGACAACAGGGAGGAGGGGAUCAUGGUGAAGGACCCUUUGUCCAUCUACAAACCGGACAAACGAGGGGAGGGCUGGCUGAAAAUAAAGCCGGAAUACGUGGAUGGCUUGAUGGACGAGCUUGACCUGCUGAUUGUUGGCGGGUACUGGGGCAAAGGAAGGCGGGGCGGGAUGAUGUCCCACUUCCUAUGCGCCGUUGCUGAAGCGCCACAGCACGGCGAGAAGCCAUCCGUGUUCCACUCCCUCUGCCGCAUCGGCUCAGGUUACACCAUGAAGGAGUUGUACGACCUGGGGCUGAAGCUCGCAAAGCACUGGAAAGUCUACCGGAAAAACGACCCACCGGCGUCCAUCCUCUGCGGGGCAGAGAAGCCGGAGGUAUACAUCGAACCUUGCAACUCGGUCAUCAUCCAGGUGAAAGCGGCUGAGAUAGUAGGGAGCGACAUGUACAAGACCAACUGCACCCUGCGCUUCCCCCGGAUCGAACGGAUCCGCGAGGACAAGGAGUGGCACCAGUGCAUGACCCUGGCCGAGCUGGAUGGGUUUCGCAGCAAGGCGUCCGGGAAGCUGGCCUCUCGCCACCUCUACAUCGACAGCGACGAGCCACAGAAGAAGAAGCGGAAGCUGCCUGUCAAAGCCAAGAAGGUGGCGGGCAUCAUCGACCACUUCAAGCAGCAGGACCUGUCCGGGGUUUCCAAGGAGACGGACAUGUUCGAGGAUGUGGAGUUCUGCAUCCUGAACGGCACCGAAGAUCACCCAAAGUCCGAGCUGGAGAAGGGCGUGGCCAGGUGCGGCGGCAUCGUGGUCCAGAACCCGGGGCGGGACACGUACUGCGUGAUCGCCGGCGUGGAGAACAUGCGCGUGAAGAACCUGAUCUCGUCGAAUCAGCACGACGUGGUCUGGGCCUCCUGGCUGCUGGAGUGCUUGGACCGGAAGGAGGUGGUGCCAUGGCAACCGCGCCACAUGAUCCACAUGUCGCCCUCGACCCGCGAACACUUCGCCAAGGAGUACGACAGCUACGGCGACAGCUACUUCGUGGACACGGACGAGCAGCUGCUGCGGGAAGUGUUCGGCCGGAUCGACAGCAAGCAGGCGGCGGCCGCGGCGGUCGGCGCGGCGCAGGUGGAGGAGCGUUACGGAUGGGACGACCUCCCCACAAGCAUGUUCAGACCCUUCACCGUCUACUUGGACAUGUUCGCCGACGUCGGCGACCCAAAAAGCGCCAUACGCGGCACCUGUCUGGACAUCAGGGCGCUGGAGGUUCGAUACCACGGAGGUACGGUGCUGCAGACGUUGGAGGAAGGAGUCUCACACGUCGUCGUGGAGACGGAGACGAGACUUCUGGAUCUGAGGACUCUGCGACGCUGCUUCAGGAAGAAGUUUAAGAUCGUGAAGGACUCCUGGGUGACUGACUCAAUCAGAGCGGGGCAUCUGAUGGACGACGCCGACUACUUGGUUUGAGGCUUCGCAGCGAUAAGCAAAGGUUAAAUUUUAACUGGUAUUUUAAGUCCGUUCUGAUAAUGUUAGAAAUAAAGGUGCAAAAUUAAACAGUGCUAUCAAUGUG